GCAGACGAGGAAAGCACACACGAGGUUUGGACCAAUUCGCCGCGUGCUCGAAAUCAAACCUCUUGAAAAUGAAGAAAAAGACAGGGAAGACUGUUGUUCCAGUCGAAAUUGACACAUCAUUAAAUGGAACUGGCAAUAAAGAGCAAAAGGCGCGAACGCUCGAUGGCAAGUCAGAGAACGAUACAGUUGCACCUGAAAAUGUGCCAAUUGCUGUUUUGACAACCUCAAAGCCGGUCAUUAAUACCAAAUCAUCAAAAGGAUUAAGCCAGCAGUUUUUGGAUCUGUUUUGGAAACUAGCUGACAAGGAAGCAAGCGUUAGACUAACUGCUUCACUGGAAAUUAUUAAACAUAUUGAGAGUGCCCUUUCCACUGCAUCACAGUUGAAUUACACCAUUGGUAGAUUGGUUCAAGGUCUCGCUUCAAACAGAGAGUGUGCCAGACAUGGGUACUACAUCACCCUAGUUGGGAUUCUUAAAGCAUUAGAUGAUACACAGCUAACUAAUGAAAUAGUCCAUGAAGCCAUCAAAAAUCGACUUGAGGCUGAAGGCAAUAAAAAAGAAAGAAUUGAUCAACAUGUGGGUCAGGUUCUAGCCUAUGGUGCAUUAUUGAAAUCUGGUCGACUAACUGACAAGGAGGAGAUGCAUCUAGUGGUGGAUCAGUUGAUUAUUGGUUCCAAGAUCAAAAACUACAUUCAACCAGUUGCUUAUGGAUUUUUGGAAGAACUAUGUCAACAAGUGGAUGCAGAAACCUUUAAAGCGACUGUGUGGCCUCUUCUGAAACCAGAACUAUCCCUUCCAUGGGAAGAUCAAACAUUUGACACUUUGAAUUUGCUGUUGGUCGCGCAGAGCAAGUUCCCAAAAAUAGUUGACAAACGAUUUUGGAAGGAGACUUUUGGCUCCUCUAGCAUCAGUAAUCCUGAGUGUUUUAGUGGACUGACUACAUUGAUUUUGACUAACUCUGCGUCGGGGGACCAUCCUCUAUUCACGAGGAUAGCAACAAUUUUGUUCGAAUCUGGAAAACUUCUUGAUUUUUGGUCUGAUCACUUUGAUCCUGCACUAGAGUCCCCAACCAAUUUAAAAUCAGUCGCGGCACUGACGAUGUUUAAUAGCCUGUUAAAAAUUGUGGAUAACGAUAUGGUUGGCAAGUUGCUUGUGAAAAGCAUCGUUUCAAUUUUGGUGACCAUUCUACAAGCAAAAGAUGAUUCGAAUUUCGAAUUGGCGGAUAAAACUCUAGAAUCAAUAAAAACGGUGUUGGCUAAAGAAGAUAUUUCUCCUGAUGCACAAAUAUCAAUCAUCGAACAAUUACUCACCUUGUCGGGUCACGUCGCAUUUGAUAAAAACACAAAUACCCGAUUUCUAGCAAACGUGAGUUUCUCACUAAAGAAAGAAACAAUUGUGAAAAUUGUCGAAAUGUAUCGUCAGUUUGUUAACGACAGUAGUCGAACACAAGACAAAAUCACACUUAUCCAACAUUUAGCCAAGUUGAUAAGCCACCCUGCUAUGCAACGCGACGUAGAGUGGAAAGCUUCACAAUUAGUGUUUCUAGCUCAGUGGGCUUAUUUUACGCCAUCUGCUUCUAAAGUCUUCUCUUCGGCGGCCAAAGAAACUUUUCACCGUGCGCUUGAUCAUCCGUGUAAGAAAUUGGAAGAUUUGUCAACUUUCUUGUCCAAAUCAUUCCACCACGUUAACAAACUUGUCGAUGUCGACGGUGAAAUCACUGAUGAGGUGAAAGCAUACUGGAGAAAUAUAAAAAAAGUAGCCGAAAAGAUUCAAAAGAAAAAACGGGCUGCUAAAGAAACUGACAGCUGGACUGAUCAGGUCUUUUUGGUCUUGUACAUCAACAUGGGUUUUGAAUUGCUCCGUCAGCCGGCUUUGCCAUCUGAAAUCAUUACCGAGUUGGAUACCUGUUAUAGCAAAGCCACUGAAAACAGCAAUAAAAAAACGAAGGCAGCUAAAGCGAAGCAGCUGGAGACGCCCGAAGAUCCUCAUUGGUUGGAAGUCGUCACCGAUAUUCUCCUGUCAUUGCUCUCACGGAAUCAGCACUUGCUCCGUAGCAUCGUCGUGUCCGUUUGGUCGCUGCUGGCCGAACACGUAACCCCCAACGCUCUGCAGCAAGUCUUGGAUGUUAUCGAUCCAUCCAAAAAGGAUACCCCAUUAGUCGACGCCGAUGAGGAGGACGAGGAUUUAGAAGAAAGCGACCUGAGUGAUGAAGAAGAAAGUCCGAAUGCAGACGCAAACGAAGAAUCGGAAAUUGAAGAAGACGACGGUGACGAUGAAUUUAGUGACGGAAUGGACGAAGAAGAAACGAUUACAGAUAAACUUCGAAUGAAGAUUCACGAGGCUCUAGGUGACAGUGCAGCGCUGACAGAUACCGAAUCGGUUGAUGUCGACGAUCUGUCCGACGGCCAAAUGGAGAGGUUGGAUAAAGCGCUCGGUUCGGCGUUCCAGGAAUUCCGUAAAGCUCGUCCUGUUCGCAAGAAUGUGAACAAAUUACCCAAAGAAGGAACUGCCUUAAUGCACUUUCGUAUCCGCUGUCUCGACCUCAUCGAGGUGUUGACAGACAAGGAAUUGAGCAUCAGUUUAUCAGCUGCGGCCAUGAUGCCGCUCCUCUCAUUACUGGAGGUCACUGUCAAGGAACCGUUACAAAAGCCCUUGAUGGACCGCACGAGAUCUGUCCUCCGCAAAUUGACCAACAUUCGACGAUUCAGCGAUUCCAAGGAUGUCGUCAUGGAAGACUUGGUCAAAUUAUUGCAGAUUCUUUUCUCUAAACCCUAUGCCAAGAAAACCCUGAUGCCGUACAUCAGUGAAGACAUAGUUCAAUGUUGCUCGUUUAUUCUCAGGUGUACAUUGCACCUGAGUCGAGUCAACGAUUCAACUAACGGCCAGAAGAAGUCGAAAGAACCUCACGUACAAGUGGACGGUGUUUAUCAACUGUACCGUUCGAACUUGUCCAAGUUUUUCCUGAAACGCGAUUCGCCCGUCCCAUUUGGCGUCUUCUCUCGCGCCCUUGUUUAUCCGUGGCCGGACGCGGGCUUUCUACUCGAGCCAUUGAUAGAGUACGCUUUUGGGCCGGCGAUCCUAAAGAAUCGCAAGCUUCAAGCCGUCCAGCUGUUGACGGCGCUCUUCCGGAACUCGACGGCCCUGUCGGCGCUAGGCCAGCCACUACUGACAAAGCGGUUGCAUAGUCUUUUGCAGUGCUCUCAGCGGGUCGUCGAAGAAGCUGGUAGCGAUUCCAAACCCAAGUACUUGAAUGAGCUCUUUAUUCUGCUGCGUGUUGUGCUGCUUUGUCCCGAAGUUGCCAAGCUGAGAGAAGACUCCCCCACUUCUGGUGGUGUUGGUACAGACGACGGCGAACUUUGGAAGCCUUUCAAAGACGCGCUGGCGGUCUUUACAGCCAAAGGAUUGGGCAAACAAAAGGACUUGAAAAAGAAUCACUCCAUGCUGGCCAGACUGAUGGGUCUAGCUCUUGACGAAAUCGAACCGGCACAGCCCUGCAGCGGUGGUUCUAAACGAUUGACAUCUUCCUCGUCCCCGGAAGCUGAUGGAGCCAAAUCGACAAAGACGACUACAAAUGGAUCGAAAGCGGCAGAGAUGACGACCAAAAAGAAGAUGAAAUCCAAUCGUCCUGGAGACAAAGAAAAGAAAGAGGCUAAGAAGCGGCGGAUGACAGCGUCGGGGGAAGGUUUCGGCGAUGUAACUUUUGCUCAAGUUGAUAUGGACAUUGACGUGGCACCCGAAGCGGAACCAUCUUCGUCGGUGGUUGCGCAGGAAAAGAUUGGCGAGCGGAAGAAACGGCAUAAGGAUUCUGAGACGAUGAAAGCAGGAAGUCACGAUACAAACGGCAAUCAAGUGGAGCACGAGGUUGUCAAAGGGGCAAAAGAAGCGAAUUCAAAGAAGAAAAAAUUGAAAAAAAAGGAUCAGAAUAGUACGGAUAAAGUUUCGCGACAUGUGCCUACAGCUGCCGAAGGCGCGUCGGCAGAGUCCACAACUCCCCAAAAAAUGAAAAAGAGGCAGACGACACAAGAGUCGACAGCGGAUGAUCGACGAGAGCAAACCACAGACGGAACACCCAGUCCAGCCAAAAAGAAGAAAAAAAGGAAGUCUACAAUCGAUUGAUUGGAUUUCUUCUCCAAAUAUUUUCCCUUUUUUUUUUUUUUUUUUUGCUUGAUGUUCCCUUCUCCUUCAACUCCAACAAAAACAUUCUCUCUUAUUUUUUUUUUUUUUUUUGGCCCUUAUAUUCUUCUUGACGGUUGUGUGUAAUGGAUCGCGACGGACGAUGAGAGAAGAAAAAAAAAGAAUUCUAGGAAA